UAUUUUUUUAUGCAUCUCCAAAAAUCAAAAUAAACAAAAAAAGGAAGUUAAAAUUUUUUCCAAUUUGCGCUUUUUUUUUUCUACAAAAAUUCAAAUAAAUAAAUAAACAAAAGAAAUUAUGGUUUGCUGUGUAGUUGAUUGUCCCAACAAAACAACAACUAGUUCAAAAUGUCGUAGUUUUUCAUUCCCAUCGACUUAUUACACCUCAAUCAAAUUACGCGAACUUUCCAAAAAACGACGAGAUGCUUGGGUAAAAGCACUUCGCAUAACAAAACCAAAUACAAAAGUACUCAAUCGACAAACUGUUUGUUAUCGACAUUUUGUUAAAGGCUUUCCAGCUAAAUUAACACAAGAAACCGAUCCCGAUUGGGUACCUUCUCAAUUAUUGGGAAAUGGAGAAAAUACAAUUUGCGUUCAAGAAGUCAGGAAACUCAAACGAAAGGAAAAAGUUAAAGUUCAACCUGUUAAUUUGUAUGCCGACGAAUCAUUAGAAAUUAGUGAUUCAGAAAGUUUUGAUGGCAAUUGUAAUGAUUAUGAUGAACCAAAUAUGGAAUAUGUUCCAGUUACAAGUAUGCCAGAAGUUCGUUCGUUGAAUACAGCUCGAAAUCAAGCUCAACAGGCUAAAGUUCAUACAAUGAUUUUAAACCCAUCGAAAGCGGGAACACCACCGAGUCCAAUUAAAGGUGGUUCCUUUGUGGGUGGCAUAAAUCGAGUAACUUAUCUUCAUAAUCGAAAUUCGAUACAAAAUGAAGUUUCAUUGGAAAAACUCAAAUUGGAAUUGUUAAAUAAAGAAGAUAUCAUUUAUCGGUUAAGAUUAAAAGAAAAAGAGGAUGAAGAGAAAUACAAAAAUACAUGCAACAACUACGAACUACAAGUUAGAACCUUUACUCUUGAUAUAAAUAGACUCAAAAUUAAACUUCGUUUGCAUGAUAUUUCCUUUGAAGGCCUUAAAACUGAUGACGUAAAAGUUAAAAAUUUAACUGGAUUACCAAAUUUUGCAGUUUUGCAAAGAUUGUUUGACGUUGUUAAAGAGGACUUGAAUUCACAAACCAAAACAAAACUAACAAAAUUCGAUUCUUUUGUUGUAACUUUAAUGAAACUACGAUUGGAUCUUCCAAUAUCGUAUUUAUCCUACGUGUUCGGAGAGUCAGCAGUAUUAUUGUCAAGAUUGUAUCGUGAAAAUCUAUUGACAAUGAAUGUAAAAAUUGGACCUCUUGUUAAAUGGCCAGAUGAUGAAGCAUUAUUAGCUAGCACUCCGAAUUGUUUUAAGGAAAUUAUGGGUGAAAAAUGUAUCAUUUUAAUACAUUUCUUAGAAAUAAUCAUUAAAAAUUUAAGUUCAGCAAAAACAGAAGUUACAUUAUUGAAACACAAAAUAAAAUACUUGAUUGCUUUUACACCAGCUGGUGAAAUAAUCUUUGUAUCUCAAGGAUUUGGAAGUAGUGUUUCUGAUGAAGAUAUCAUUCAAAAUUCUGGAUUUUUUGAUAAAAUCACUGAAAAUCAUAUUUUCCUAUCGGUAAAGGAAAUGUUUGAUGAUAAACAAAAAGACGACGAACAAAUACAACAAAUUAAACAAUUCGCCAAGAAUUCAGAAGACAAAGUUCUUGAUAUAUUAAGAGAUAAUUUUCGGAUUCUAUUCAAUCCACAGGCAGUUAAUUUGAAUGGAGAAGCAUAUUCGGAGUAUACAGUGAGGUGUUGUUGUGCAUUAUCUAAUUUACAAAUGCCUGAAUUAAUUGUAAUUGAUACGAAACAAGUUGCUGAAACAGUUGUUGUUCAUACAAAAACACCACAAGUCGCUCAGAAGGGAUCAUCAAUUGAAGUUCGAGAAAUAAACCCUCCACCAGUGGAGGAAGUUAUAGAUCUUGAUAUAGAUUAAAAAAAAGUCAUAAUUCUUUAAAAAAUUCA